UGAAGUAUUAACUAGAGCCGAAAUGGAAGUCAGGUUUGGGAACUGCUUCGAGCACCGGAAACCUCAGGUACGGUGUCACCCUCAGUGACACUUUCAAGAACCACCACCACGGGCAACCCAUCGACUUUGGCUGAAUCGCGAAUUCCAUUAACAGCCUCUUGCUCAACUUCAUUUCCUAAGAUGGGUGCUAGGGUUCCCGUUCAGCACUACAAUCUCAACUCUCCCUCUUCCUUCAUCGAGAGCCCUCUCCACGUCCUCAACGCCGUCGACGCCCGAACCGCGGCCUCCGCCAUCGAUCACAUCACCGCCGGCGACAACCCUAAUGACAAUUCCGCCUCCGCCGUCGAUUGCAUGAACGUGCAGGUAGACGAGGACCGCGCCAGUCUCGAUACCAACGAGUCUUCUAGAACAACUUCUUACGAUAUCUUGACGGUUGAGGAUGUUUCGCCUAUUGAAUCCGCGAGGGCGAGGUUUUUGCAAAUUGUUGUGGACCAUUUUAUCAAUGACCGUGUGAUUGAGGUGCCUGAUUCUGAGGCUGAUUACACUGGCCAAGACAAAAUGAGUAAAAGGAGGACCCGAGAGAUCCAAUAUGAAGGAGACCCAAAUUUUGCUCUGCCUUUGAUGUAUGUGGCGAAUAUGUAUGAAAGUUUAGUUACCGAUGUGAAUAAUAGGCUUGCAUCCUUGAAUGGUAUUCGGGAGAAGACAAUUGGGGUAGCCCUUGAAGCUGCCGGUGGUUUGUACAGAAGACUGGCUAAGAAAUUUCCUAAAAAAGGACCAUAUACAUUUAAGAGAAGAGAAUUGGCGACGUCUAUGGAGACAAGGACAAGAUUCCCAGAGCUAGUUAUACAAGAAGAGAAGCGUGUUCGAUUUGUGGUGGUUAAUGGUUUAAGAAUUGUUGAAAAACCAAAUAAUGUGCCAAUUGAUGAUGCUGAGUGGUUUAGGAGACUGACGGGUAGGAGUGAAGUUGCUAUCACAGCUAGUGAUUACAAAUUUUACUCUCCAAGACACAAGUACAGGCGUGGUGCUUCAAUUUCACUUUCAAGCAUUCCAGAUAUCCCUAGUUAUACUGGAGCGGAAAAUUCUACUACAUUGGUUACUACUCAAGGAUUUCGCUCAAACUUGAUCUGGAUUGUACUCAGGUUGGAAUUGCUUAAUCGGAGCCCUCUGGGACACCCCUCCUUCCCCCAUUUGCUUCAGGUCAAAAAGUGCUGCUCUCAGAAUGUAGCUGUAAUACCAAUUGAUUGAAUCUGGAGCAGAAACGAAGAACAAAAAUGAGAGACCAUGUUCUACCUCCACUCUCAUGUGUCUUAUUCUUUCUCAAAUGGAAAGAUAGAUCUCUCACUCAACCUGCUUACUAUUUAUAGACAACAUGCAUUGUAUUUUCUAUCUCCCAGCUCGCUGACCCAAGUAACGAGCUCACUAUCGUAACUAAUUAUCAAGUAGUGGAAAUUUAUCAAUGCUCCCCCUCCAACAGUUCUUGAAUCCUUCAGUAUUCACUUUCCACAACUCUAAGAUAGAAGUUUUGGACAAUAGAUAAGAACCUAAGACAACCCCAUCGGAAAAACUAAUCGUUGUAAUUAGAGAGUGCAAGGCUGUAUAGUCCCUGAAAAACUUUUACAUUUUUAUCAUGCUUGGCAUCACCAUUUAUGCUUCUCAUUUGCAAUUGAGAGACAUGAUGAAAUCCUGGACAUUCCAGUAGCUAGAAGAUUGAUUUCUUUUUACAAAUAGUAUGGAAGAUCUACUCUGAACACAGCCACAAGUUUGCAAAACGUCAACUGUCUUCACCUCUCAAAGCCCAAAUCCCCUAAUUCUCUCACUUAUGACACCUGUCCCAGGUCUUCUCAUUUUCUUUCUAUGCAAGCAUGCAUUAUUUCUUGAAUUUGUUUUGAACCUUCCUAAGCGACCUAACUGAGUUUCUCGCUGUCAAACUCACACCAACACAUAUCUGACAGUUUGUCUGUCAUGACCUCAGAGAACUCUUUUAGAUAAGUCCCACAGAUGGCAUCAGUGACUCUAUUAAUUUAAGUUGGAUCAAAUAUCAAUUUGUUGCUUGGGGUGAUUGGUGUCCCCCGAUAUUAUAACUUUACGAUAGUUACAUUUAAGCACUGAGCGUGAGCUUCCAUUGCCUUUUGUGUACUUCCGGGUAUUGGGUUUGCUUACCCUAUAUUUUCAUGCCUACGCAGUUGCUUUGGCUUCUUGGUGUGAAUCUUGGGACAUUUUCUUCCUUUUACUUUAGUGAUGAAUUAUUUUUUUCUUACCAGCCACAGAGCCAACAGCAAACCCCUUGCAAACAUCACUUGCAAUCAUUUCCACAUCAACCUCAGUUUCACCCAGUUCUCCAGAACAAUUCAACUAUGCACCAAAGUCAGCAUGCUGGACCGUAUUCUCAGA